AUGUAUGCCCAGCACAUUCAAUCCACCCCAAGCAACAAGUUCCCUGUGUUCCAGGGCGUGUCGCCGCGCGUGACGGCACAAACCUACCAGAGUCACCGUGGCGAGUACGUCUCCAUCAUUUUUGAGCUGACGGGCCCGGGUGAGUUCAAAUGUGGCGUGACAGGCAUGUCGGUAAAGGUGGUUGGCGUGCCGGAGGCAGUGGAAGUGAGCCGCGUCUGCGAGUUUAUCUGCUACGUCGAUCCUUCCACGGGGGAUCUGACGUACUUUCAGCACGCCAUGCUGGAUGACGAAUUCGACUUUGAGGUGUACCGUCGCCUCGUGAGCCUGACGACCAAAGUGCCACAGCUUUUUUGA